GUAGUGGCGGUCCAGAAGAGGUCGAACGACCCUUCCCUUGCGACGACCUGAGGCACGACCUGAGGUACGACCUACGGCCUGACCCCCGGAUCGACCCCCGCAUCGACCCGCCACUUGACCUCCGUGGAGACAUGAGAAGUGACCAGCGGAUUGAUCUGAGAGGUGACAUGCGUGCGGAGGCGCGUUGUGGAGGAGAGCGAGCAGGCUCUUCGCCACCACUUCCCCCUAGUUCAUUGCCACACUCCUGCCAGCUGUGUGGAAAGCUCAUCUCAUGCCGCCGCAACCUGUGGAAGCACAUGGAGCGCGUGCACUUCAACAACCCCGCCGUCCGCUGCUCGCUCUGCGCCAAGAUGUUCAAAAAUAAAUAUGCCCUCAAAGACCACCAGCGUAUAUACCACGGCGGCCUGAGCGAGCCACCCCCGCCCCCGCCGCACUCUGCCUCCCUCUUGUCACGCAUCCUCCAGGACCCUCGGCAUCAGCAGCCCCCUCAGCCCCAUGACCCGAGGGGCCCUCCACCCCCUCUGGAACUCCCACAACCCACCCUUCUGCCUCGCGAUACCCACAUCCGCCACCACAUGGAAUCAUCUCACACCCAGGCUCUCUCGCGGAGACACCAUGAAGAUGAGGACAUAGGUGGCGCAGCUGCAUACCCAGGUAUGGGCAUGGGUCCCAUAAUACCACAGUCACUGGCCCCGACCAUGGUGGGAAGCCCUUCAUCAUUAGCUGCACCACGACCCGAGUGGCCCACCCAGGACGACCCAAUGGCACUGGUGAAUCGUGCCCUGUUAUCGGAGCUGCACCAUUUAGUAACCAAGGCUGACUAGGUCGUACCUGGAGGCUAUUUAGGCCACUAGUGCAUCUCCCACUUUUGGCCCCAGGCAAAGCCCAGCUCACCAGUAACUCCAGUGAAGCCUAGCCCAACAUUGGCCCUAGUGAUGCUUGGCUCACCACCCCUGCACUUGGGGUGUCCUUGCCUGGCCGUCCCGUGGCCUGACGCUGGUGCUGGUGGCCACCCGUGUCCUUACAACGACCACGCCCACACCGCCCACUCUGGGAACCUCGUUGGGCAUUUAUUUGUCCACGGUAUCCAGUGACAUCACCUGUAGCCAGCCUAUAUAUCCUUGUAGCGUGCCGAGGUGGGCCCAGGGGGGCCGCCGCAUCUCACUAUUGAUAGCUUUAACCUCCUCCGGAGUUCUGCUGUUACCAAACGGGCGCCGUGUCCCUGCCUGGUGCCUGUUCGACACGGCAUUUAGUCGUUACCACGAUAGUCUCUCCAGUUGUGUGUUCAGCUCGCACCCGCAGCUACCCUUUACAUAGGCAGCCUAGACUUAUGGACGCACACGCUUCCCUAAUUCACUGACUCAACCUGAGGUCCACAGUGACAGUCCCGAGGUUAUGACGACAUCUGCUGCUGGAGUUGGAGACAUUGAAACCUGCUUCGGAUUUUUCAUUCCAGCAGUUUGUAAAACCUGUGAUUGUGAUAGUGAUAUGAGUGACUUUUAAGGUGUAUGGAUAAAAUUUGUAAUAUAUUGGAUUCCAAAUAUCUCAAUGUCCAAAAAUAGUUCAUAUUGGCUGUGAUAGAAAUAAAAUGAAUACUGUAUGGAUGUGAUAGAAAAAAAUCUAUUGAACAGAGUUGAAGAUUCUGAAUCAGUAAUCAAUGUGUCCUACACAUGACUGCCUGAGUCGCGCCUUGAACUCAGUGGUCCAUGGAAGCGCCAUGUUCGGUACCCCCCAUGUAGUAGUAGUAAAGAAUGGGCAUUAGUUCUACCCAUGCAAUCACCAGCAUUUUCUAGGCACAACUACACAUUGUAGCGACCAAGGAAGUCUUCUAAAAUUCAUCAGCUGGUCUUGUUGGAAUCGUAGGUCGCUCAGUAAUGUAAUGUAGAAUGUGCAUUUUUAUAACUUUAGCAAAGGAUACAAAAGGUAAAUAUAAGAUAUGCUGGGUUUAAGGUGAUCAAUACAAAUAGAUCACUUUCCGAAGACAUUUCUCAACUACAUCGCUAUAAGACAUGGCAUUUCUUGCGUUAUUUUUUUUCACAUAUAUGAUUCAAGUUGCAUGACAUUAACUUCAAUAGCACUAUCUUGUUACUGCAUUGAUUACUAAAUAUGCUUCAUCCCCAGUUGUCAAUGUCAGUACUUUGAAAGCGUGACAUUAUUGAUGUUUUAACGUUAUAUAACAUAAAGAGAGCCCUAGGUUCUACAUAAUAUUUCAUUGCUGCUCACAACGCUUCUUUGUACUUGGCAUUUUGAGAACCCAUUUCUUGUUAUUGCCUAUAUACAGAAUUUGGCAAAGUCUCAUCUUUUUAGAGGAGCUGGACGUACUGCCACAACUAAAAAAAAUGAAGAAGAAAAAACUAGAAUAAAUAUUAAAAAAAAUAUAUAGUGUCAGCCUAGUGCAUGCCAAGGUCACUUGAAUUCUCCUUGGGUUUUUGGCCAGGGGGAUCCCAUGGCAAUAAGGCCUUCAGUGCUCCCGUAACAUAUUUUACGCCUAGGGUCAUAAAAAGAGGCUUGAUGCAUCCUCUCACAGGAGCUAGACUUAUUGUACCCUGCUAAGGAACCAUAUCUGUUGUCUUUUUGUAGUUCAAUAUACUGCCAGAAGUGCCAGACCCAUGACUUUUUUAUGGAAGGCACUUGAUACCUUCCAGACAAUAAGGAGGCCAGGGUCAUUCCUUUUUUUAUGCUUAGACUCAUUAUAUCAGUCAGUUUCUUUUUUCAAGUUCGUAUAUAUAUGUUGAUUCGUAUUUGUGUUUUGUUAAUAGUCUAAAUUAUAUUUUCUAGUAUAGCAACUCAAAAUACUUUUAAAAAGUGUCCUGGCAAUGUAUAAUCUUUUGAGAUGGAUCAUCUUACACCUCCUGCAUUAAGAGCUUACCCCAGCACCAAGUAGGGUAGAAAGACUUGAAAGCACUACUGCCUUGCAGAGGAGUCAGCGGUUAUAUUUUUUUGCAGAUAUAUUGGAAAUCAUGGUAAUUGUCAGGAAUACCUUUGAAAGAGAUUAGUCACUAGCUCCUCUGCAUAUUGAAUACAGCACCUAGAGUAUAGGGAUCAGGACUGAGAUGUAUCAGAAGAUCCAAGCACAGUUCAGCAGAGUAGGAUUUUGCUACACAUAUUUUACUUAAAUAACAUGUUUUCCAGCAUAAAAGAGCUACUUACUUCAUGUAGUCCUGCAACUUGUCUAGUGGUAAUGUUUAGUAAUUCGUAUGAGACAUUACCGCAGCUCCGCUUUUCAGAUGAGACAGUGCUACAGCUGCAACUCUAAGGAAUGCCAUGCCAUAGCGCUAUUAUAAAAGGGAAGGGAAAUGACUAGAACGCCGCAUCCGUGGACCAAUGGGAGGCAGGCACGUUCAUACUCUCUACUUUCGUGAAGGCUGUGUCUCCGUUUCUGUGAUGUAUUGAAGUGUGCUGUUGUAACGGUUAUGCAGAGCUCUUUAUAUUUUUGAUACUGUAGAGUAUUUUGCGCAAGGUUCCUAGGUAUAAAUGAUAAUUUACGUACAUUGGAAUCUAAGUGCAAUCAUGCAGUGAAUUGUAAUAGGUGUUGAAGGGAAACAGAGCCAGAUGUGGUUCGUUGCCGGGCUCAGAUUGCACGCCUAUCACGACCUUGGCUGUGGCCUAAUUACUAUGUAGUCAGAUCAUUAUCUAACUCUGGUGGAUAAUGAACUUCAGUACCAAUGGGUUGCACUUAGAUUCUUUGUCAAGAUGCAAGUUGCGACGUCCAGAGCAAUAUGGCGGAAGAGGAUGCAUAUUUUGUUGCCCGAACUGGUUCAAGUCAGAGUGAAACAAAAAAAGAAAGAGAAACGCUUUUCUGCGUGAUAACCUAAAAUACAGUUAUAGUCUAAGAGAUGAAACGUUUCCUUUUAUGGCUGUGGAUGGGAUAAUAUAGGAGUAAAGAUUAGUGAUAUUCUCUGUUUUAGUAUUUAUGAGGAUCAAUUGGUGAUAAUCUAUAUUUUAAUAUUUAUGGUUUGUGAUACAGUGAUUGAGCUUUAAUACUGUAUAAUUUCUAAAUGGAACAUGAUUGGGAUGAUCAUCAGAUUUUGUCUUAGAAUAAACAUAUUUGAGUUUGUUUAACUGUACAUAUAAAUAAGGACAAGCACACAAGCGAGGAAGUCGAAGUUGUAAGUAGGAACAGGGCUUUCAUAUAAGGUGUCUUGUGAGUUUUAUAAUACGUAUUGGAGGAUGCAUGGUGAAUCCUUGAAGGUGUCUGAUGGGGCUUGCCGCAACCGCCACCCUCUCUGGGGAUGUCGGCUUGAUCUUCUCCCGCCCAGCCUGAUUUGCGAGCCCAUGGUUGUGUGAGUGUUUCUACCGUUUUUAUAGCAUGAGGUGUCCAAAUACUUUGGCACUGAUGCUCAUGUAUGCUCUCUAUACCUGAACUAUGAGGAGGAAGAAAAUCGUGGCCUUUGGGUCCUGUGUAUUACCUUCAUGAUCGAAACCGACAGAGUCUCAUGUUGCAAGCGGGAGUCUCCGAAUGGAUAACCUUUGCUGAUAUGAUAUGUGCUAAUUUUAGACACACACUGUUCAAAAGUGCAUGGGGAUGUAAUUGUCAUACGUUAUAGUUCUAUUUGGCACAUUAUACCCGGUUCUGUAUUCCUAAUAACCAAAAUCAAAUUCCCGCAAGUCAGUGUAGAAACUAUCACUCAGGCGUUUAAUGUAGUCCUAGACAAUCAAAAACAGAUUAACUGAAUAAUUGUCAUUCACUGAUGCAAAGAAAGAAUAGAAAUGCUUUAGUAAGAUUGCAGUGCUAGAUGAAAUAGCGCCAAAGAGUUGCUUUGCUUUCCUCACCUCAGACAUAUAUCCUUCGAAACCAAAGCUAUAACUUAAGAAACUUUCUUGUCAAAGGAAUAGGGAAUCUUGUAACUCACAAGAGUAACAUAGAGCAAACACCAAGCCUAACUUAGAGGAAUUGCCACGGAGACUUUGUUGGCUUCAAAGAUCGUGCUGGGUCAUAUACCUUCCUCGUGGGUUUAGUGUCUUUGGAACUACCCUUACUAAUGCUUGUAAAAACAAAGUGCUUAGUUUUUUUUUCUCUAAACAUUAAGGCAGAUAUUAACAGACAAAUAUAACUCUAUUUUUUAAGAUUCUAAUUACAAUCUCCUCAAUAUGCUAGCGGUCAACUUAUAAAAAUAAAAAAAAGCAUUGGGUUCGUGAUCGCAGUUUUGUAGAAUGUUAUGCAAAAUCACAACGGUCAAAAUUUGUAUCCCCGAUUGAAGAGAUUAAGUUGUAAAUAUUCCUAAUCGUUAUUGCAUACAUAUAUUUAUUAUUUUGUUAAUUAUGAUUUUGGUUUUGAAGGGCGAAGAGCAUGGUUCUACCACUAAAUCUAAUUUUCUCUGCGGAUGCCAGUCUCUGAGAUAUUUAUUUUCAUUGUGUCGUUCAAAAUAGAUCUAAUUGACGUGAAAAAAUACUUUUGACAAUGUUUUUAAGAAGCAUUUUUAAACUGGUUCCACGGGAUGUAUGUGGACACCCAGCAGAAGUGAGUAUCAAUGUCCCUCGUUGUGUGCGUGAAUGCUAGCUGAGUGGAAACCGUGUUUGACGUGACGAGGCGUGAGGGAGAAAAAAAAAGAGGUCUGCUUGGGGACUGUGUGUGCGGCUGAGUGGGUGUGGUACACUCUCUGUGUCUUCCUCGCAACACAGAUAUUUCCAGGAGAGGGUCUUCUCUGGAGGCGAAAAUGUUGACUUUUGCCGCUCUCGGUGUGGAUGCACGCGCGCGGGAGAGAUACCUUUUCCGCGCGGCACGUUUAUGAUUGCACUUGGGAGGACGUGUACGCAUUUAUCUACGUGCAUGUGUAUGUGCGCAUCUGUUUGCCUAGAUGUGUAAAUCUGUUGUCGCACUUCUCAG